GCUGUGAAGAAAGAAAACGAAAAUGGCUCAAACCAAAAGGUUGACCAAUAACACAAUCUAACCGGUUCAGAUUUCCGGUACAAAACAUGCCACCUUUGUAUCAGACCGGUUCAGCAGCGAACUGGUAAAGCAGAGAGAUUGAGAACAUCGGCAUGAAUCGGCUCGGCAGUGAAGAAACAAGACAUCUCGUUGAGAAAUCUCUUUUAGCUCCUGAGAAAUUUUGAUCGGAUGCGAAACUCUAGUUCUACGAUUCUUCUCGUUUGAUCGAUCCUGCGAAUCUUUUAGCCUUGAUUGCAAUCGAAGGGUUCUGAAAAUGACGGAGGAAAUCAGUUUGGAAGGUUCUGAAAAAGAAGAGAUCGAUAGCUCAGGUGGUGGUCUUGGAGAUAUGGCAUCCAUGGAUUCUAUCGAGUCUCGAUGGGUUAUCCAGGACGAUGAUGAUUCCGAUAUCGGCGUUGACGAUGAUAAUGAUGGAUUCGACGGUACUGGACUCGAAUCCGAUGAGGACGAGAUACCAGAGCAUCGACUGAUCCGUACUGGUCCACGUGUUGAUUCCUUCGACGUGGAAGCGCUUGAAGUUCCUGGUGCUCCGAGAAAUGAUUACGAGGACUUGACCGUUGGGAGGAAAGUGUUGCUUGCAUUUCAGACACUAGGGGUUGUCUUUGGAGAUGUAGGAACCAGUCCAUUGUAUACGUUCAGUGUAAUGUUCAGUAAAUCACCUGUCCAAGGAAAAGAAGAUGUCAUUGGAGCACUGUCACUAGUCUUAUACACCUUACUUUUGGUCCCCCUUAUUAAAUAUGUUCUUGUUGUUCUAUGGGCAAAUGAUGAUGGUGAAGGUGGGACCUUUGCGUUAUAUUCAUUAAUCUCUCGUCAUGCCAAGAUUAGUCUUAUCCCAAAUCAACUUCGCUCAGACACCCGAAUUUCAAGUUUUAGACUGAAGGUGCCUUGCCCUGAGCUUGAGAGAUCAUUGAAAUUGAAAGAAAAACUUGAGAAUUCAUUAAUUCUGAAGAAAAUUCUCCUCGUGCUUGUUCUUGCUGGAACUUCCAUGGUGAUUGCCGAUGGGGUUGUAACUCCUGCAAUGUCAGUAAUGUCAGCUGUUGGUGGACUUAAGGUCGGAGUUGAUGUAGUUGAGCAAGAUCAAGUGGUGAUGAUUUCAGUUGCAUUUCUGGUGAUCCUCUUUAGUCUACAAAAAUAUGGGACGAGUAAGAUGGGACUAGUAGUAGGUCCUGCCUUACUUAUAUGGUUCUGUUGCCUUGCUGGUAUUGGCAUUUACAACCUAAUCAAAUACGAUAGCAGUGUUUUCAGAGCAUUCAACCCUGUCCACAUCUAUUACUUCUUCAAGAGGAACUCUAUAAAUGCUUGGUAUGCACUUGGAGGUUGCAUUCUUUGUGCUACAGGCUCAGAGGCAUUAUUUGCAGACCUUUGCUACUUUUCUGUUCGAUCAGUCCAGCUUACAUUUGUGUGUCUUGUCCUGCCGUGCCUCAUGUUGGGUUAUAUGGGACAAGCUGCAUACUUGAUGGAGAAUCAUGCGGAUGCUAGUCAAGCUUUCUUUUCAUCUGUUCCAGGUACUGCAUUCUGGCCAGUCCUUUUCAUAGCCAACAUUGCGGCUCUGAUUGCCAGUCGCACAAUGACGACUGCGACAUUUUCAUGUAUUAAACAGUCAACAGCUCUGGGUUGUUUCCCUCGUCUCAAAAUUAUUCACACUUCUCGAAAAUUUAUGGGUCAGAUUUAUAUACCUGUCCUAAACUGGUUCCUGCUUGCCGUCUGCCUGGUCGUCGUCUGCUCAAUCUCAAGUAUCGAUGAGAUUGGAAAUGCAUAUGGGAUGGCUGAGCUUGGAGUGAUGAUGACAACUACAAUUCUAGUGACGUUAAUCAUGCUUCUUAUAUGGCAGAUAAACAUCGUAAUCGUGAUUGCGUUUCUGGUAGUUUUUCUCGGAGUGGAAUUAGUCUUUUUCUCAUCAGUCAUAGCGAGUGUUGGGGAUGGAAGCUGGAUAAUAUUGGUCUUUGCCGUAAUCAUGUUUGGUAUAAUGUAUAUUUGGAACUAUGGAAGUAAGCUCAGGUAUGAAACAGAAGUCGAACAAAAGCUGUCAAUGGAUUUAAUGAGAGAACUUGGGUGCAACCUGGGAACAAUAAGAGCUCCUGGUAUUGGUUUGCUGUACAAUGAGUUAGUGAAGGGAGUACCGGCGAUAUUUGGCCAUUUUCUGACUACACUUCCUGCAAUCCAUUCCAUGGUCAUUUUCGUCUGCAUAAAGUAUGUCCCGGUUCCAGUUGUACCACAGAAUGAGAGGUUCCUCUUCAGACGUGUCUGCACCAAAAGCUAUCACUUAUUCCGUUGCAUUGCCAGGUAUGGUUAUAAGGACGCAAGAAAGGAGAACCACCAAGCAUUUGAGCAGCUACUGAUCGAGAGCCUCGAGAAGUUCAUCCGAAGAGAAGCUCAAGAACGUUCCUUGGAGAGCGACGGGAACGAUGAUUCAGACUCAGAGGAAGAUUUCGCAGGUUCUAGAGUCGUAAUUGGCCCCAACGGAAGCAUGUACUCAAUGGGUGUCCCCCUCCUCUCUGAGUACAGAGACUUAAACAAACCGAUCAUGGAAAUGAACGCUUCAUCUGAUCACACAAACCACCAUCCCUUUGACGCAUCAUCUGACUCCUCUGUAUCUGAAGCUGAGCAAAGCCUGGAGAGAGAGUUAUCGUUCAUACACAAAGCAAAAGAAUCAGGGGUGGUGUAUCUUCUUGGGCAUGGUGAUAUAAGAGCAAGAAAAGAUUCAUGGUUCAUCAAGAAGUUAGUCAUAAACUACUUCUACACAUUCCUGAGGAAAAACUGCAGGAGAGGGAUUGCAAAUUUGAGUGUGCCUCAGUCGCAUCUGAUGCAGGUCGAUAUGGAACAGUUGCUGUCAGAAGCUCAACACAGGUGGCUUAGGCCUUCGGAGAUUUGUGAAAUUCUUCAGAACUAUCACAAGUUUCAUAUAGCAUCAGAGUCUCCCACCCGACCCGCCAGUGGUUCACUCUUUCUUUUUGAUAGGAAGGUGCUGAGAUAUUUUAGGAAAGACGGACAUAACUGGAGGAAGAAGAAGGAUGGUAAAACCAUAAAAGAAGCUCAUGAGAAGCUCAAGGUAGGAAGCAUAGAUGUGCUACAUUGUUACUAUGCACAUGGGGAAGGCAACGAGAAUUUUCAGAGACGUUGCUACUGGAUGCUUGAACAAGAUUUGAUGCAUAUCGUUUUCGUACACUACUUGGAGGUUAAGGGUAACCGGACCAGUAUAGGAAUGAAAGAAAACAAUUCAAAUUCUGUAAAUGGCACAGCUUCAGUGAAUAUUGAUUCAACGGCAAGCCCAACUAGCACAUUGUCAUCAUUAUGUGAAGAUGCUGAUACCGGGGAUAGUCAUCAAGCAAGUUCCGUCUUACUAGCAUCUUCUGAACCUCAAACUGGAAAUCGCUAUGGUUGGACACCAGCUCCUGGCAUGCGUAAUGUUUCACAAUUUCAUGGGAACAGAGUCAGAGAAAGUGAUUCCCAGAGAUUAGUUGAUGUUCGAGCUUGGGAUGCCGUUGGGAAUUCAGUGACGAGAUACCAUGAUCAACCUUAUUGUAAUAAUUUGUUGACUCAGAUGCAGCCUUCUAAUACUGACUCAAUGCUUGUGGAAGAAAAUACAGACAAAGGUGGGCGGUUAAAGGCAGAGCAUAUCAGAAAUCCUCUUCAAACUCAAUUAAAUUGGCAGAUUCCAGUUCAGGAUGAUCUACCAUUACCAAAAGGGCACAUGGAUCUGUUUUCACAUCCUGGAAUGGCUGAUGACACUGAUCUGGCGUUAUUUGAGCAAAAUGCACAAGAUAAUUUUGAGACAUUUUCCAGUCUCCUUGGCAGUGAAAAUCAGCAACCUUUUGGAAUUAGUUAUCAAGCUCCUCCUUCAAGUAUGGAAUCUGAAUUUAUACCUGUAAAGAAAUCAUUGUUAAGAAGCGAAGAGAGUUUGAAAAAAGUCGAUAGUUUUUCUCGGUGGGCUAGUAAAGAACUUGGCGAGAUGGAGGAUUUGCAGAUGCAAUCUUCACGUGGAGAUAUUGCAUGGACCACUGUUGAAUGUGAAACUGCAGCAGCCGGGAUCUCCUUGAGCCCUUCUCUCUCUGAGGAUCAGCGUUUCACCAUAGUUGAUUUUUGGCCAAAAUGCGCACAGACUGACGCAGAAGUUGAGGUCAUGGUUAUUGGGACUUUUCUGCUUAGUCCGCAAGAAGUAACAAAAUAUAACUGGUCAUGCAUGUUUGGUGAAGUGGAGGUUCCUGCUGAGAUUUUAGUAGACGGCGUUCUUUGCUGUCAUGCUCCACCGCAUACAGCUGGUCAUGUGCCCUUUUAUGUUACAUGUUCCAACAGAUUUGCUUGCAGUGAAGUACGAGAAUUUGAUUUCCUUUCUGGUUCUACACAAAAAAUUGAUGCUACUGAUGUUUAUGGUACCUAUACAAAUGAAGCAUCACUUCAGUUGCGGUUUGAGAAGAUGCUUGCUCACAGAAAUUUUGUUCACGAACAUCAUAUAUUUGAAGAUGUUGGGGAGAAACGAAGAAAAAUCAGUAAAAUUAUGUCACUAAAGGAGGAGAAAGAGUAUCUCCUUCCAGGGACAUAUCAGAGAGAUUCAACCAAACAAGAACCAAAAGAACAGCUUUUCAGGGAACAGUUUGAAGAAGAACUAUAUAUAUGGCUCAUCCAUAAAGUGACUGAAGAGGGUAAAGGUCCAAACAUACUGGAUGAAGAUGGACAGGGUAUUUUACACUUUGUUGCAGCGCUUGGGUAUGAUUGGGCCAUUAAACCGAUGCUAGCAGCGGGAGUUAACAUUAACUUCCGUGAUGCCAAUGGCUGGUCUGCCCUUCAUUGGGCUGCGUUUAGUGGCAGGGAGGAAACUGUCGCUGUGCUUGUCUCUCUAGGUGCUGAUGCUGGGGCAUUGACGGAUCCAUCUCCAGAGCUUCCAUUGGGUAAAACAGCAGCUGAUUUGGCUUACGCAAAUGGACACAGGGGAAUUUCUGGUUUUCUUGCAGAGUCUUCCUUAACUAGUUAUCUUGAAAAGCUAACAGUGGACUCAAAGGAAAAUAGCCCUGCCAACUCUUCUGGAGCAAAAGCUGUUCAAACAGUCUCUGAGAGAACCGCUGCUCCUAUGAGCUAUGGCGAUGUACCAGAAAAACUUUCCUUGAAGGAUUCACUUACCGCUGUUCGUAAUGCUACACAAGCGGCUGAUCGUCUCCAUCAAGUAUUCAGGAUGCAAUCAUUCCAGCGGAAACAGUUGUCUGAUAUCGGCGAUGAUGACAAGAUUGAUAUCUCCGAUAAGUUAGCUGUUUCUUUUGCAGCUUCGAAAACUAAGAAUCCAGGACAGGGUGAUGUUUCUCUUAGUUCUGCUGCUACCCAUAUCCAGAAGAAAUAUCGUGGUUGGAAGAAGAGAAAAGAGUUUCUUUUAAUCCGACAAAGAAUCGUUAAAAUUCAGGCUCAUGUGAGAGGGCAUCAGGUCCGGAAACAAUACCGAACAGUCAUCUGGUCUGUGGGAUUACUCGAAAAAAUCAUUUUGCGUUGGAGACGCAAAGGUAAUGGCUUGAGAGGAUUUAAACGCAAUGCAGUCGCCAAAACCGUGGAACCGGAACCGCCUGUAUCAGCUAUAUGUCCCACAAUCCCACAGGAAGAUGAGUAUGAUUAUCUGAAAGAGGGAAGAAAACAAACAGAGGAAAGGCUUGAGAAGGCUCUGACUCGGGUGAAGUCGAUGGUUCAAUACCCAGAAGCACGGGAUCAAUACCGUAGACUCCUAACUGUUGUCGAGGGCUUCCGUGAAAAUGAGGCUUCAUCAAGUGCAUCUAUAAACAAUAAAGAAGAAGUCAACUGUGAAGAAGACGAUUUUAUUGACAUUGACUCUCUUUUGAACGAUGACACAUUGAUGAUCAAUGCCUCGAAUCCCAAGGUUUGGGUGGUGAUCGGCGUGACGGUGGCCGGGAUCGUGAUUCUGGCGGAGACCCGGAAGCGGCGGAUUAAAGCCCUUAGAGAAGAAGACUUUGGUGCUUUCUUAGAUCGUUUUGAGCUUCUUCCUUUCCCUCCGCCGCCACCUCCUGCAGCUAAACAGUCUCUCUCUGGUCUUACCUUCUCCAUCUCCGACGCGUUCGAUGUUAAGGAUUAUAUCACAGGAUUUGGUAGUCCACAAUGGAAGAAGACUCACGAGGCUGCUGAGAAAACUGCUGUGGUUGUGACAACGCUCUUGAAAAAUGGAGCUACUUGUGUUGGCAAGACUAUCAUGGAUGAGCUGGGUUUUGGGAUUAUUGGAGAAAACAAGCACUAUGGCACUCCUAUUAAUCCAUUGAUGCCAUCUAAUGUUCCUGGAGGAUGUUCCAGUGGCUCAGCAGUUUCUGUUGCGGCUGAACUUGUUGACUUUUCACUUGGGAUUGAUACCACUGGCGGUGUUAGAAUCCCAGCAGCCUUCUGUGGUAUUCUCGGUUUUCGACCAUCUCAAGGGACUGUUUCUUCAGUUGGAGUUUUGCCCAAUUCUCAGAGCCUAGAGACUGUUGGAUGGUUUGCCAGCGACCCAUCCGUUUUGUGUCAAGUCGGACAUGCCUUGCUAAAUCUGAGUGCAGUAGCACAUAGAAGGCAAAGAUCUUUAAUCUUUGCUGAUGAUUUGUUCGAGCUCUCUGACAUUCCUAAGCAAAAGUCGGUGCACGUUGUCAGAAAGGCAAUCGAAAAUCUAUCUGGCUACCAGACUCCAAAACAUGUUAACGUUGGCCAAUAUGUCGCUUCAAAUGUACCAAGUCUUGCGGAAUUCUGUGAGCAAUCUGGAAAAUCCCAAAAUUCUGCAUCAACUUUGAAGGCUCUUUCAUCUGUGAUGUUAGCAAUACAAAGGCAUGAGUUCAAAACAAAUCAUGAAGAAUGGUCGCAAACAUGCAAAUCGUUUCUAGGGCCAAGAUUUUCCAAUGAUGUUGUUACAGCUCUGAAGAGCAGAAACGAGAGCAUUAAAUCACUCUACAGAGUGAAAAAUGAGAUGCGGGCCACAAUUCAAAGCCUUCUAAAGGAAGAUGGAAUUCUGGUAAUCCCUACAGUCGCUGAUCCCCCUCCGAAGCUUAACACAAAGAACAAGAACUCUUUGAAUGAGUUUCUUGAUCGAACUUACGCACUCUCCAGCAUUGCUAGCAUGUCUGGAUGUUGUCAGGUUACAAUUCCUUUAGGGCAACAUGGUGAUCGUCCAAUAUCCGUGUCGUUUCUUACUUACUAUGGAGGUGAUAAGUUCCUUCUCGAUACAAUCCUCGAUGUAUAUGCAUCCCUUCAAGACCAAGCCAAACUUGCAUCCAACUUAGCUCCAGUGUCUGACACCAAUGGUAAUAUGGAGGCUUCUGAAGUUAUGAAGGAAAAGGGCAAUGCUGCAUACAAGGGGCGCCAAUGGAAUAAAGCAGUAAACUUUUAUACUGAAGCUAUAAAAUUAAAUGGAGCAAAUGCUACUUACUUUUGCAAUAGAGCUGCAGCUUUCUUGGAACUUGGCUGCUUCCAACAAGCCGAACAAGAUUGUACAGAGGCCAUGUUGAUCGAUAAGAAGAAUGUGAAGGCAUAUUUGAGACGAGGGACUGCCAGAGAAUCACUUGUCCGGUACAAGGAAGCUGCAGCAGAUUUCAGGCACGCAUUGGUCCUUGAACCACAGAACAAGACGGCAAAGGUUGCUGAAAAGCGACUCCGAAAACUCAUGAGCUAAAAGGAUUAUUAAUCGAUUUCUUGUUCACCAAUCUCUCUUUUACUUCUCUAAACCCCUAAAAAGGAAAGGUUUUGAUCCUUCGGUUCCAAGAGAUUAAUAAUUUAGUGGUUUUGUGACAUGUGUACAGAUUGGAAUGAAAACUUUUUACCUCU